CCUCCAUGGAGAUUGUUACCGAGUUACCGGGCUGUGGGUCGCGGCUGAUGGCGGCUCCUGCGCGGAGCGAUCAUGUAGCGCUGCUGCUGGGAAAUGUGCUCCACGUCUGGGGCGGUUUACAGUAUGUGGAUGGAGAAGAAGUUGUGCUCCCCAGUGAUGAGAUCUGGCUCUACGAUCUGGAAAGUGGAGUCUGGGCUCGCAUGGUUAUGGGUGGAGAGUUGCCUCCUCUGCUUUCUCAGACUUGUGGCUCAAUUCUCAGUGGUAUACUUUAUGUUUUUGGAGGCAGAGACAGCGAUGACUACACCAACCAGAUGUAUUGUGUAGACUUGCAAGAUGGAAAAUACACCUGGAGGAAAUUGAGUACCUGUGUGGGAACCCCUCCCUCACCCAGAGACAGACACUCCUGCUGGGUCUACAAGGACAGGCUCAUCUAUUUUGGUGGAUAUGGAUGGAAAACAGUUCGAGAGAUCAACAACUACAAAAGUUUCACAGUGGAUGAGACAUCAUGGGUGACGAAUGGCCGUGUGUUUUUCCGCUUUUGGGGUUGGAAUAAUGAGGUUCAUAUCUUCGAACCCGACUCAGCCACAUGGACUGAACCCCAAACCCAGGGCCGGCCACCUGAACCAAGGGCUUCCCAUGCUAGUGCCACUCUUGGCACCAAGGGCUACAUCUGUGGUGGUUUGGAAACACAGACUAUAGACAUCCACUGUUUAGACCUGGUCACGUGGACGUGGACACAAAUUGAGCCUUUGGCCCCUCCCCUCCCGAUGGGCCGCUCUCUGCACACACUCACCCCCACCUCACACAACACGCUGUUCCUCUUCGGUGGCCUAAGCAUAUGUGGGCAGGUUCUUUGUGAUGGCUGGGAAUUUAACACUGUAACAAGAGAAUGGAGAGAGAGGCCGCAUCCUCACAAAGAUAAACCCAGGUUGUGGCACUCAGCAGUACAGGGGAAGGACAACGAUGUGGUGGUUUAUGGAGGAAGCCGAGACUACAUCUUAGUCAUGGAUUCGGUUACAGUGCUCAGAUCUCCUUCACAGAGUCACUGUGGAGAUGUGCUGGUGUUUCAGAGCCAACCUUAUUCACUCACCCGAUUAUGUGAGGACUGCAUAGGCAAACAUGGAUCUGUUUUACGGGAGAAGGCGUCGUCUUUACCACCCAGAGUUCGGGAGACCCUUCACAAGAGGAUGUCUUACUUCAGGAGCAUGCAGGAGCAGAGUGGUUAUACAUGAGCUCAUGGACAAGCUUAUUACAUUGGCUCCAUCAUGUGAGCAUUUCUGCUCCACUAACAUUCCUUUGUUUCAGAAGGACUUGAACAUAUAUUUAUUGAUUUACUGGCAAUUUUUGUUAAACAACAGGCUAUUAGAUAUUAAUAUUGUAUAUUCUUAUUAGAAGUGCCUUCAAAAACUUAUAAUUAUUAUUGAAAUGUAGAGAUGUGGAUUAAUUUAAACUACUGAAUCUUUAAAUAUUUUUGUUCAGAUUUUUAUAAGGAUAUAGAUUCUUUAUGCUUUUUAAUCAGAAAACUUGAUGGGGUUGAUUUAUACAACAUAAUUUGAACAUUAACACUAAUUUAAAUAAAAAAAGUAUAUAAACAAA